UUGUCAGAUGUUGGAAUGAAAACUCAAAACGCUGAACUCCUUACAAGUUGCAAACUUUGUGAACACAUCUAAAAUGUUACGUCAAUUGAAUGUGACAGGAUCCAUCAUUCUAUUGUAUUGUACUAUUAUUGUACGGAGGACGUACUUUUUGAAUUGAAGUUUAUGUAUUUGCUGUUAACCAACUUAUUUGCGUAUUAUUUUGCCCAUACGCCAUCACGCACCUGGUUCUAUCGGAUUGUACGCAACAUCGUUAUAACUUGGCUUAGUGGUUAAAUCACUGCCUCUCUAGUACAAGUGUGCUAUUUUCGAUUCCAGAUGAAGAAGCUUCUAGUACUAUUGUUGUUGGCUGGUGCAGCCACCGCGGCCUGCAUCCACACCGACUUGGUGCAAGCUCCGGAGAUGAUAGUCACGUACGAGGAGGUAGAUGGCGACACUGUCACCGAUGUACCCGUCACUGCGGUCGCUACCCGCACUAAUAUUAGUGUCGGGACUAUUGGCAAUAGUAGACUGAUAGCCAGGAGUGUUCACGUCCAAAACGCAGUUGCCAAAGCGAGACACGUCCGAGACAUAUCUUUCCGAUCGGACGAUCCUAUUAAGAUCAGCGCUAUCCGGGUGACACAUGUCGGCUCUGUAGAUGGCGCCACUUCAUCCAUCAAGUCGGGAGGUGUUGGGAACUCCUUUGUGGUCAUCAGGCUCCAGACUGCGGUAGGCCGUGGGUAUCAUUAUACCAUCGAAAUUUAUGGACGCUAAAGUGAUUGAAAGAUUGUUCAGUUGUUUUGUAAUGGUAGUAUUAUUUUUAAGAAUUGUUACGUAAAGGUCUUAUUUACAUUAUUGAAUAA